UGACAUUCUCAAAAAAGACAGUGUUGUCAAACACGAGAAGACAAAGUACCAUGAAACGGCUGUGUUGUCUGGUGAGAAGUCUGUCCAGGAAAUUCAUACAUCAAAAGCAGCAGAAGCCCUCAAACAACUUCGGGAGGCUGACAGAACCCAAAUGAGUUACAAAUUCAGAAAUGCCCAUGCUGUGGCAAAGUGGGAUCUGUCACUCAAAUCUUAUGCUCGUCUGUGUGAGCUCGAUCAAGCAAAAGGCCUCAAAAUGAAUAACACAUAUCAAAAUGAUAUGUCAGCAAAGCAUUUUAUUGAAUAUCUUGCAAAGGACACACUAUCUUUCAUCCGUAGAGAGGUUGACAAAGCUAACUACCUCUCUAUAACUGUAGACGGGAGUAGUGAUGCUGCAGGCAUAGAACAGGAAUCGAUAUAUGUGCAUUUUGCCAGAGCUGGAAAAGUAUAUCAAAGGUUUAUUUGCUUUGCCUCCCCCGUGACAACUGCCUCUUGUGACAUUUAUGACACAAUUGUAGAAAGUUUGGACAGCUACUUGCCAGAAGCACGUGAUAAACUUGUAGGUCUGACAUGUGACGGAGCUUCCAAUAUGUUAGGUGUCCACAAGGGAGUUGGAGCUCUGCUGCUGAAGGAAAAGCCUGGCUUGGUAAUAACUCACUGCCUUGCCCAUCGGCUAGAAUUAGCCAUAAAAGAUGUGUUUAAGACAAACAAGACAUAUGACAAAGCAAUGACUUUAUUAGUUGGUGUGUUCUACUGGUAUAAACGCAGUUCCAAGCAACAAAAAGAACUAGCUAGAACCUUUAAAGCUCUUAAUCCGAAAUCAGUGCCAUUGAUGCCAACCAGAGCAGGCGGAACAAGAUGGGUUUCUCAUAUGAUGAAAGCCAUCAACACAUUUCUCAGGGCCUACGUCCCUAUCACAACACAUCUUGGACAUGCCUCCAACAGCAACAGCAAGGCUGAAGGUCUGCACAAGUUGGCAACAUCAAUGACCAUUAUGGUUUUCCUGGUUGUACUGAAGAACAUUCUAGAGCCAGUCAGUCGUAUGUCGAAGCUGCUGCAAGACCCAACAACUACUCUUGGCGAUGUG